GGCAAUAAGGUGAUGCAUAUUGUUUCCGUUUAGUUAUAAUAUAGUUUAUCAAAGAUACUACAAUUGUAUGUAUACAGUUGCAUUUACAACAGAAGAAAAUUAUUUGGAAGAUUGAAACAGAUAAUUAAUUACAAGUCUACUUACCCCUUGCACCGUUCCCGUUGGCUUUAUUCUUGGAUUAGCAUAAACUUCUAUCUUGUAUGAGCAGCUUGGAUGAAUAUACAUCUCUGAUUUUCAAAUGGCCUCGGCUGCGAUGUCCCCGACUGAGGAUGACGAGUUAACACUUCCUCGUGCAUCCAUUAAUAAAAUGAUCAAAGAAAUCUUACCGCACGUACGCGUUGCUAACGAGUCACGGGAAUUAAUUUUAAAUUGUUGUACAGAAUUUAUACAUUUGUUGUCUUCUGAAGCUAAUGAAAUAUGUAAUCAACAACAAAAAAAGACAAUAAAUGCAGAACACAUUUUAUUAGCACUUGACAAACUUGGUUUUGGCGAUUACAGUGCAGAAGCAGAAGCUGUUUUAAGAGAUUGUAAAGCAGUAGCAGCUAAAAGAAGACGUCAAAGUACAAGACUGGAGAAUUUAGGAAUUCCAGAAGAAGAAUUGUUAAGACAACAACAAGAACUUUUUGCAAAAGCAAGAGAAGAACAAGCUGUUGCUGAACAACAACAAUGGCAACAAUUACAAGCAGUUGCACAAAUGACAUCAAUGCAACAAACUGAUAGCGAACAAGAAGACUAUUCAUAAGA